AAUCACUAAACGUAACACAACCUCAACAAAAUAAGACUUAGAGAAACUAUCUUUAGUUAUCCUCUCAACCUUAUAAUAUAUUAAAAAAAUGAUACAUACACAAACCGGGUCAGGUCGUCGGAUUCUAACUUUUCCGGCGGUGAAUCCAUGCGAAUCCAUCUCCGUAACCACUCUCCUCGACUCACUAUUACAAAUCUCCGGCGAGAUUCUAAGCUUCAAAUCAAAACACUUCUCAACCAACAAACGAAGUGUUAAAGAAACUCUACGACAUAUCCAAUCUCUUGUCAUCUUCUUGGAAGAACUCCGGGUUCAAAUCCGGUUCGGGUCAAUCUCAGCGAGUCGUCGUUCAGUAAUCUUGAGUCUCUCGGAGCUACACGUCAUCUUCCAGAAACUCAAGUUCCUUUUAGAAGACUGUACACGAGAGGGAGCUAAGCUAUAUAUGUUGAUAAACUCCGGUCAAGUCUCAGCUCAUUUCCGGGCCUUGAUCCGAUCAAUAUCCACUAGCCUCGACACGUUUCCAGUCGAGUCUGUCGACUUACCUGGAGAAGUCAACGAGCUAGUCUAUCUAGUCAUGCGUCAGACUCGUAAAUCAGAAGCGAGACCUGACCGAUACGACAAACUGGCUAUAGACUCUGUUCAUUGGUUCUUUAAUCUGUUCGAGAACAGAAUCAACCCGAACUCGGAUGAGAUACUCCGAGUUCUUGAUCACAUUGGCGUUAGAAAAUGGAGAGAUUGCGUUAAAGAAGUCGAUUUUUUACGUGAAGAGAUCUCCGCGGGGAAGAAGAGUAAAAUUGAAAUCGAGCUUCUAAGUAGUUUAAUGGGAUUCAUAUGCUAUUGUAGAUGUGUGAUACUUCGAGGCAUUGAUGUUGAUGAUGAAGUUGGAGACGAAGAUGAAGAAGAUGAGGAUUUGAUGAUGAUUAGUGGUUUAAACAUCGAUGAUCUUCGUUGUCCGAUUUCUCUAGAGAUUAUGAGUGAUCCUGUGGUUUUAGAAACAGGGCACACGUAUGAUCGGAGCUCAAUCACGAAGUGGUUCUCCUCCGGUAACAUCACAUGCCCUAAGACCGGUAAAAAUGUGGUUACUACUGCGUUGGUAGAUAACUUCUCUGUCAAGCAAGUGAUCCAAAGCUACUGCAAGCAAAACGGUGUAGUUUUGGGUCAAAAGGGGAAGAAGAAGGUGGCUGUAGCGGAGAGUUUAGCGGCGGAAGAAGCUGGGAAACUAACCGCGGAGUUCCUCGCCGGAGAAUUGAUCAACGGGGACGAAGAAGAGAUGGUUAAAGCUUUAGUAGAGAUUCGAAUCCUCACCAAGACGAGUAGUUUUAACAGAGCGUGUUUGGUGGAAGCUGGUGUUGUGGACUCGUUGAUGAAGAUUCUUCGUUCUGAGGAUCCGAGGGUUCAAGAGAACGCCAUGGCUGGGAUUAUGAAUUUGUCUAAAGAUACCGCCGGAAAAACUCGAAUCGCCGGAGACGACGGUGGUGGAUUGAGGCUGAUCGUGGAGGUUUUAAACGACGGUGGUGCGAGAAGAGAGAGUAGACAAUACGCAGCGGCUGCGUUGUUCUAUCUAUCUUCUAUCCGAGAUUACAGUAGAUUGAUCGGAGAGAUCUCAGGUUCGAUUUCGGGAUUGGUGAGAAUCGUUAAGAGCUGCGAUUUCAGCGAUUCGGCGAAACGCAACGCGUUGAUCGCGAUUCGGAGUUUGUUGAUGAACCAACCUGAGAAUCACUGGCGUGUUCUCGCCGCCGGAUCUGUUCCCGUUCUUCUCGAUCUUUUGAGAUCUGACGAGGUUAGCGACGGGGUCACGGCGGAUUCGAUGGCGAUUUUGGCGAAAAUGGCGGAGUAUCCAGACGGGAUGAUUUCUGUGCUCCGUCGUGGAGGAUUGAAACUCGCGGUUAAGAUUUUGGGUUCGUCGGAGGUUUCGCCGGCGACGAAGCAGCACUGCGUUGCUCUGCUUUUGAAUCUGUGUCAUAACGGAGGAAGUGACGUCGUUGGGUCUUUGGCUAAGAACCCGUCUGUUAUGGGGUCGCUUUACACGGCGUCAAGUAACGGCGAGUUUGGAAGUGGGAAAAAGGCAAGCGCGCUUAUUAAAAUGAUACACGAGUUUCAGGAGAGGAAAACCGGUACGGUUGAACCGGUUUUAGGAAGAGAACGGUUCGUACACGCCUGGUGAUUUGGUUUAUACACAGACACUGUAGUAGUAACUCUUUGAGCUUUUUUUAUCGAAGGGUUAAAGAUAACUUCAUUUUUUUGUUUUUAUAGAUUUAGGAAUUAGAAUAUUAUUUACUAUUUAUACGUACAAAUAUAUUCUGUACUUAAACCUGUAUAUUUUUAGCUCUGGGAAUUUUUAAUAACCCAAAGAGCUAAUAAAUGUAAUAGUUUCUACUUUCUAGUUUCCAAAGACACUGAAUAAUACUAGUCCUUGUUAUCAGAA